AUGGACGCCUACGUUUCGCGACGUCUCGACCUGCCAGCCCCACCAACAUUCCUGAGCUGCACUACUACGGGUCUGAAACGCGCUGCGUUGUUAGCCUUUCAUCAGGAACAUGUCGAGGCCUCCGUCAUCGCGGACGUACCAGCAACAGUGGGGCUGGGACGGAACAUUCCACGCCAAUCGAUCCUGCGUGAACUCGUGGCAGGCAAUGCAGGAAAUGAGCCGGGAAAGCUUCGCAUGAAGCGGUUCAUCAAGGCGGCUCAGCGUAUCCUCUUUGACGGCGAGCACACUCUCAGGGUCAUCUUCAUGUCGCGCCGGGCCGCGAUGGAAUGGGAUGGUCAAGAAUUUCGCCUUCGAGGGUGCCUGCUGCGCUUUAACCUAUUGGGAGUUCAAGUGCCUGGCGUGCGCCCACCUCCCGAAUUGGCUCGGCACUAUGCGCUUCGGGUCCUGGGCACUGAGGGACUGAACCCCAUGAUCUUGGUUCAAAUAUUCGGCGACAUUGCCCAAGAGGCUAUUCUGGACGUGCGUCAUCCUGGUAUGGAUGGCCUCCGCCAGAUGGACAACGACUACUGGGCGGUGAUCUUCGCUUCGAUGUCGUGCCCCGCUGCUCUACAAGGCGUGACUUCUAUCAGCGCCGAGAAUGGGUCGUUAUUGCUGCGCCACUUCCAACGAAUGCAGUCCCCUCCAUGUCGACGCAGUCUCAGCCCCUACCACCUCCAACAUCGCUGCAAGGUUUUGGACGCACGCCUGCUUAGCACCCGUGUCCCACGACAGCGGAGAUAUGUUGGCGCCAUGCAGGACCCUCCGCCCGCGCUACCCGACUGUACGGACCUUGUGACAUUGGAGGAUCUGCUGAGCCGUAUUGUCCUCGACCCUGCGAUAGCGCUUCCCACCGAUAGGUCCACCCCUGUGUUACAGGUGGUCCCCGUCCCGGUGGUGCAGGACGCGCCAGCACCUGUAGCUUCGGCCAGCUCAUCGGAUGCAACCGGUAUGACUGUGGUUCGGAGACGCCGAGGUGCUCCGGCUCACCGAUCUGCUCAAUCUCAAGCCGACACCACCGGCGGCGGACAAGAUUCCGUUCCGGAGGCAUCAGCGACAUCGGCAGGACAGACGAUUGGGGCGGCUCUGCGUCGCACUCCCCCUCAGGGGAUGGAGGAUGCCACCGCUCGAGCUUCUGGGAAACGGACCCCAGCAGCAUCCACUGCCAAGCCAAAGCCGACCGCGGCUGCGCUACGGUACCAGCAGACGCUGGCGGCUUAUGCAGAGCUCGCUGGCGAUUCUGAUGACGAAGAUGAGUCAGAUGAUCGACCCACCUCGGCUCAAUCCGCACAAGUGGUGACCGCGGAUGCCAAUGAGUCACAGGAUGUCACCACGGAGGAACCUAUGCCUGCCACUCGCUCCUCAUUGCUGCAGUCACCUGCUGCUGGAUUGGCUCAGACCGACCAUCUCGUCUUCCGAAACUCAGCCAUCGAAGGAACCUUACUGGCAUUCAGCGUCGCCGGCUAG